GAACAAGUUCUAACCUAAUUCCUGCUACUGUGUUUGAGUCUCAAACUUGUUACCAAAAGGGGGAAAAUAUGAAUAUCAAAAGGUCCAGGCUCCAGAGGGAGAAAUGUUAACAUUCCAAACCCACGUAUGUCGUCAUAUGGUGCAGUUGGACGUGGACCAAAACAUGUUGAAUUAGUUGCAGAAUAGCUAACCCACUUCUGAGUUGACUACACUCCUUAUAAACAUGGUGAUGGGGUGAUACCCCAGGAUGAAUACGGGAUUGUAGUCUAUUGUUCAAGAAUGAUAGAGACAGAGACAGAGACAGAGACCGAGCCUUCUCAGGCUCAGGCCUGUUCUCGGCAGCAGGCGAGGCAACAAGUUUCCAUUCCUUUUGUUUGGGAAGAAAUGCCAGGAACACCAAAAAGAGAGUGGAAGUGGAAGCCUCCUGAGGCUGUUCCAGUAAGUGCUAUUCCUGCUCCAGUGAAGCUUAUUGCAUCAGUUCCCUUCAAAUGGGAGGAACAGCCUGGAAAACCACUUGCUUGCUUCACUCAGCCACAUCUGCAUUCACCAUUUCUUCCACUUUCUCCAGCAAAGCUCUUUGAUUUUGCUUCCCCUUCACUACACUCUCCUGGCUCAUCUCCAAACAGGUUGGGAAUCAUGUUUCCAAGGAGAAAUGGUGAUUACGAGUUGGAGGGAGGGUAUGUAGGUCAAGGGAUAUUUGACUCAGAUCUUGAGAGUUUUGGCCUUGAGACAGAUGACCCUUUUAGCUCGGCUCCUCUCCUAGCAAAUCGUCUUAUACCAACGGCAGCAAUUUCUACUGCAAUUCCGGUGAAUCAGACUCUGGUGAAGGGGAGAGCCGGACACGAAACACCCACAUCAACCACUUCUGAACCAGAUGAUGAUUCGAGUAGCUAUGCAACUGGAAGCUCCAGCCUUGAGGGCGCUUCUAUGCUAGAGUGCCUCUUCCCAUCAAUUUCACAAUGUUCCAGUUUACUUGACAAGGCUGGUUGUCGUGAAAAUAACUUCCCUCACACUCAAGAACAACCAACCCAACAGUCCAGGAACGAAAGUAAAUGCAGCCUUAUAGCCAGAAGGCCACCAACACUUGGGGAACUGAUGCUGAUGAGCCGCAGAAGAAGUAACAGGAGGAACACCAUUCACACGAAUAAGCACGGUCUUGCCAUGGAAUUCAUAAAGAAGAGUGCAUUAGGAUACUGCAUCUUUGGCACCGGUGAGAAUACAAUAGAUGGACUGCAUAUGAAGCAACAAAGGCACGCACUGCAGCUGGGAUAGCUGAGGAACGUGCUACUUCACAACUAUUACAAUCCACCUGAAUAUCAGCUCUUCUAUCAUUUCUCUUUUAUAAAUCACCAGGACCUUCGUCCUCUCCUUUGGAAUUUGGACACUGACCCGGCAAUGUAAACAAGUUCUAAAAUGCAGUUAAAUUUCAAGAAAAAUCUAUAAGAACUCUAAUGCAGCUUAACAACUUGCUUUUGUACA